UAAAGCCAAACCAUAAAUCCACCAAUGCGAUAGUACAAAUCUUCACCCAAGGAAAAGAAAAAAAGUUACUAGAAGACCAAAAAGCAGUGAAUCCGCUAGAUGGCUUUGGAGGUGGGGGAUUGGGAUCGAGAGGGGCCUCGACGGAGGCGAGGAGAGCUGACGGUCAUCCGGAGUUUUUAUUGAGACCUGACCCGUUUCUCUGGUUCGUAAACAUUCCGGCGUUUCGGUCAACCUUCUCUAGCUUAGACACCAGGAUUAUAUAGGAUUUAGAUCUUAUCUAACGAGUUCGGAGAUUGCUAUGGACAAUGGCCAUUUUGUGUCCUGAUCUAAGCUAAGAUCCGAGUGACCAAGGUCUAACGCCCAUAAGCUGGUCCAAUCGCUGUGACUCAUCUCGGUCCGAAUCUGAGGAGAUAAACCACACCGGAGGUGAAGCGACACCAAUUCGUCCCCUUCCCCCUUGUACAUUUGCUUCCUCGCUCGUCAUCGUCCUCAACUAAUCCCUUAUUAAAACCCUCCCACCAUCGCACCCAUCACCACAACACGAGAGCAGAGAGAUGGAGUCCACCUCUCUCCUCCGCUUCCUCUUCCUCAUCCUCGGCGCCCUCCUCCUCCUCCUCUUCUCGCGCUCCUGGCUCCACCUCGCCAACGCCCCCUCCGACAAGGCUGACUUCCUUGACUGCACACGCUAUUCGCCUUGGUGCAACUCCAAGAACCGCAUCCAAUCCAAAUCCCAACCUCACUUGACGGAGUCCUCCUCCCACUCCGCCACCACCACCACCACCACCCAAGACCGCGAGUCCGACGUCCCCCGCCACCCCCUCGACCCCCUCACCGUUCAGGAGAUCAACGCCGCCCGCUCAAUCCUCCACUCCUACCCUCCUUUCUCCUCCUCGCCCUCCUCCCUCACCAUCCACUCCCUCUCCCUCGACGAGCCCCCUAAGCCCGCCGUCCUCAACUGGCGCCCCGGUGACACCCCCCCGCGCCGCGCCGCCGUCACCGCCCGCUUCCGCGGCGACUCUUAUGUCCUCUCCGUCGACCUCUCCUCCCGCAACGUCAUCCGGCACCCCGCCCCCGCAUCCGGCUUUCCCACCAUGACCGUCGACGACAUGACCUCCUCCGUCUGGGCCCCCCUAGCAGACCCUGCCUUCAACCGCUCCGUCCUCGCCCGAGGCGUCCGCCUCUCCGACCUCGCCUGCCUCCCCAUUUCCCUCGGAUGGUUCGGCGGCAAGGAGGAGGGCCGUCGCCUAAUAAAGGUCCAGUGCUACUCCGCCGAGGGCACCGCCAACUUCUACAUGCGCCCCAUCGAGGGCCUCACCGUCCUCCUCGACAUGGACCGAAAAGCAGUCGUUGACAUCUCCGACGUUGGCCGUGACAUCCCCAUCCCCAAGUCAGCCGACACCGAUUACCGCUACGACGUCGUCGCGGCCCAGAGCGGGGCCCCCAAAAUCCAGCCGCUGAAACCGAUAUCGAUAGAGCAGCCGGCCGGUCCCAGCUUCGUGGUGGAGGGGGGACACGUGGUGAAGUGGGCGGGGUGGGAGUUCCAUUUGAAGGCGGACGCGAGGGCCGGGCUGGUGGUAUCGGCGGUCUCGGCGAUGGACCCGGAGACCGGGAAGAAGAGGACGGUCAUGUACAAGGGCUUCGCGUCGGAGCUGUUCGUUCCAUACAUGGACCCCACCGACGCCUGGUACUUCAAGACGUAUAUGGACGCCGGGGAGUACGGGUUCGGCCUCCAGGCGAUGCCGCUGGUGCCGCUUAACGACUGUCCCCGGAACGCCUACUACAUGGACGGAGUGUUCCCGGCGGCGGACGGAAGGCCGUACGUCCGGCCGAACAUGGUGUGCCUCUUCGAAAGGUACGCCGGGGAUAUCGGGUGGCGGCACUCGGAGAGUCCCAUCACCGGCAUGCAGAUACGGGAGGUAAGGCCGAAGGUGACGUUGGUGGCGAGGAUGGCAGCCUCGGUGGCGAACUACGACUACAUAGUGGACUGGGAGUUCCAGACGGAUGGGCUCAUCCGUGUCAAGGUUGGGCUCAGCGGGAUUCUAAUGGUGAAAGGAACGCCCUACUCGCACUUGAACCAAGUUUCAGCACCGGAGGACAUGCAUGGCACCCUCUUGUCGGAGAACGUGAUCGGCGUCAUCCACGACCACUACAUCACCUUCCACCUCGACAUGGACGUCGACGGCGUCGAAAACUCCUUUGUUAAGGUUGAUAUAGCGAGGCAGGACACCGACCCCGGAGAGUCCCCUCGGACGAGCUACCUCACCACACGGCACGUCGCCAAGACGGAGAAGGACGCACAGAUCAGGCUUAAGCUCUAUGCGCCGAAGGAGUACCACAUCAUCAACCCAUCCAAGACCACCAAAGUCGGAAACCCGGUUGGGUACAAGGUGGUUCCCGGCGGCACCGCCGCCAGCUUGUUGGAUCCUAACGAUCCCCCACAGCUCAGAGGUGCUUUUACAAACAAUCAGAUUUGGGUGACGCCAUACAACAAGAGCGAGGAAUGGGCGGGAGGGCUAUUUGUGUACCAGAGCAAAGGGGACGACACGCUCGCUGUCUGGUCCGAGAGGGACCGGCCGAUAGAGAACAAGGACAUUGUGGUGUGGUACACGAUGGGAUUUCACCACGUACCAUGCCAAGAGGACUUCCCAAUCAUGCCCACGGUCUUCUCGAGCUUCGAUCUCAAGCCUGUCAACUUCUUCGAGAAUCCCAUCCUUCGGGUGCCGCCCAACAUGGAGAAGGACCUCCCGGUUUGCACCGCGGCUGCGGCGGCCUGAAAGCGCUGCGAGCGCCAAUCCGAUCCCUGCGUCUUAUGUGGGGCAGAAAUGGGUUCCAACAUUUGUAUAUGAUGAAUCGAAGGAAAGAAAGCUCUGGUUAUGUGUACUGCCUUGCGAAUGAAAGAAGCAACAGAGAGGUAGCCAUUGGGGUAUUAAAUAACAAGAUUAUGGCAUUAUCCUGCUAGAUUGAACUUGGGUCUGAUUAGCCAACAUACUUCAUGUUAAAAGUACUGGAAGGAGAAGUUGUGAGUGCCAUGGGAGCCAUGGGCGUUGGCAUGGGCUUCACGGAAGGGAAGGGAAAAAGAGACCUUAGGUGGCAACAGCUAGGAGAUGCAUAUAUUUAGUGCCUGAUGAUCUGUAUGGAAAUUAUAAUAGAAGAGUCAGAUUUGUCACUCAUGUUGAAUUUGUGAUGCAAUAUUGGAGGCAAUUAGUAUCUUGAUUGGCAGGGCCAAUCCCAUAUA